UCAGAGAGGGAAGCUGGUAAUUCAUUCUGCGAAGCAGCAAUAUGAGCGUUUGUACCGUUUCUUGAGAAAACGCGCGACGUGACGAGAUUCUAUAGCCGUAAAAUCGCGCGUCGAAAGUGUCAUCUGAUCGCGCGCCGUUUACGGAUUCAGUGAGUGAUACAGUGUCGUGAUUGGUUUCGUUUCGUACACGUGGAUACGAUUUUUGGUUAGUUUCGGAGCUUCGAAAGGAUAUAUACCGCUCGUCGGUUCAUUUGCCUCGAGGAAUUGCUUUCGGUGAAAGGAAUUUCUCGACUUAGGCUAGGAUGUCACAUCACAGCGACGAUAACAUGCUGAUAGCAACCUCGGACUCCUUCUGGGAGCCGGGUAAUUACAAACGGACGACCAAAAGGAUCGAGGAUGGCCACAAACUGUGCGAUAGUCUGAUAGCUCUGGUACAGGAGAGAGCGGAGAUCGAGAAGAGUUACGCGAAAGCGUUGAAAAAUUGGUCGAAGAAUUGGAACGAUAAGAUUGAGAAGGGACCUGAAUAUGGCACCACCGAGGCAGCAUGGAAAGGAGUACUCGUUGAAUCCGACAGGUUGUGCGAUCUUCACCUCAGGGUCAAAGAGAACCUCUGCAACGAAAUCAUUCUUCACGUGAAAUCGUGGCAGAAGGACACCUAUCACAAGUCGAUGAUGACCCUAAAGGAACGCAAAGAAAUGGAGGACGCGUUCAAGAAAGCGCAGAAACCAUGGGCGAAGCUUUUGCAAAAAGUCGAGAAAGCAAAAUCAGAGUAUCACAACAGCUGUAAAACAGAACGAACCGCGGCGAACGUGGAAAGGAAUGCUUCUGCUGAUACUUCACUUUCGCCAGACCAGAUGACAGUUUGUGGAUGUCGUGCAUGGGGCCUGAGAUUACGAAAAACCUUUGCGAAAUCUAAAAUAGGAGACGUUCAGCUUGUGAAGAAGAUGCAAGACAGGGUGCAGAAGACGAAGGAAGAGGUGCAGAAGGCGAAAGAAAAGUAUGAAGCUGCUCUUCAGGAAAUUAAUCAGUACAACCCUAAGUAUAUGGAGGACAUGACACAGGUGUUCGAAAAGUGCCAAGAAAUGGAGGCGCAGCGACUUCAGUUCUUCAAAGAAGUCCUCUUCGGCAUCCACAAAUGCCUUAAUAUAUCGCAGGAUCCAGUACUCCCGCAAAUAUACGAAGAAUUCUACCACACAAUAAACAACGCGGACCACGAAAAAGACUUGAAAUGGUGGUCUAACAACCACGGUGUAAAUAUGGCCAUGAACUGGCCGCAGUUCGAGGACUACACAGAGGAAUUCCGUGAGAUCACCAAGGGCUCGAAGUCGAAGGAGGCACUUCCGGCUGGCUCCAUCACGCUCAUCAAUCAACGCCCGGUCGGCGAGGACCUGCAUGAGUUCCCACCUGUUAACAAUAAAUCAAAAUCGAAACCAACAUCCAGGGUAAUAUCAACGGACAGCGGUCACGGAGAUAAUAAAACGGACACGAUCAGUUCCAGCAAACAUUCUUCCGAGAAGAAUAAUCACGAUGGUAAUUCGGUGAACAGGACUUCCACGAUUACUAACGGUACAAACGUAAAGCAAGAAUCAAAUCCAUUUGAAGAGGAAUGGGAUGAAGAUGGUGGUGAACCGUUGGUCGAUAAUGGAGAACCUGGAGUUCUUGUGCGUGCGUUGUAUGACUAUAAGGGAGCCGAAGCAGACGAGCUUAGCUUUAAACAAGGUGACAUGUUCGAGAAAUUAGAAGACGAAGAUGAGCAAGGAUGGUGUAAAGGACGAAAAGAUGGUAUAGUGGGUCUCUAUCCCGCGAAUUACGUAGACCUAGUGUCUGAGUAAAUCACCGUGAAGCCAAAUUUCAUAAACACUGUUAGUUACUUAAUACGUAUCGCGUAACAGAAAAAGAAAGGAAAAAAUGAUGAAAAACAAAAUUCUUAUUUUGUUGUUUAUUUCUCUAUGAAAUAGCGCCUUCAUUGGAAUUUGUAAAUGUUGUUAGAUAAGAGAGUUACACGAGACUCUAUAUUUAUUAGAGAUCAUUCAUUUUGUGUGAUAUACGAUGAUCGCUAAAAAUAAACAGAAAUAACGAGAUAAACAGUUCGAUGUUACGAGUAACUAAUAUUCUAAAUCUACAAGAUGAAGUGUAAAUCAUUAAUAUUGUCACACGAAGAUCAAUUCUAAGAGCAUCUACUCAAGUCAUCGCAACUAUCAUUUAUGUUUGGUUAGUCCUUCAAAAUUACUUCAUGUACAAGAUUCAACAAAAUGAGACUUUGUAAAAGUAAUUUAUUCACAGUCCCAUAAAAAAUAAUUUGAUCCAUAGAGUUAGGUUAGCCACUGGAUCCAUCUGUCAAGUUACGUUUCAUUCUAUAGUAGAGCUCUGAUAAUUAUUGUCAUUCCAAUUCGAUAUUACAGAAAUGAAAUUAUUAUUAUGUUGGUAGCAUUGAAAGGAAACUCCUCAGAGAAGAAACUUUUACUCUUACGGGUAAUGGUUUACGUAGAUAGCUAGGGUUCUCUGUAUCCAUCAAAAUAUAUAUAGUGCUAAACAAUAAGAUGGAUAACACACGAGUAUAUUAAGUUAAUGGAAUAAUGUACAAUCAUACGUUUCUUCGACUCAUUAUUAUUACCAUUGUUGCUAUAAACAAAAUUAUUGGACGAGAGCGAGAGAGAGAGAGAAAGGUAUACUUAAUUUAUUGUUAUUCAAAUGAUACUAUUGUAAACCUGUUCUUUCAAGAAUGGUAUCGUUGUAUAUAAUAGAUAUAAGAACAUAACGAAUAUGUAAAGUUGCAAUUGUUCAAUGAAGUUGAGAUUUUAUGAAGUUCAAAAGCGAAACAAAUUUGGGACCCAAAAUUGUCAAAUUCUUUUUCCGUUUCUAAUCGAAUAAAUUAAGCAUCACGGCUAUAACGUUGAUUAUAAAGCAAUGAGAAUUAUUUAUAAGAAAUGAAGUUUUUAAAGGUUACAAAUUCUAAUCAAAGUUGUAUCUUGUUUUACGCUAAAUUAUAACAAGAAAAAAAAGCCUGCGUCAUUGAUUAUUAUUGUACUUUUUUGUACAUAAUUUUUUACAUUGAAGCAAUGUUUCAGUUAUAGUUUACGAGUGGAAAAUCAUAGUAUCUUUGUUAAUGAAACAAAAUUUUAUAUGAAAAUUAGAUAUGUAAUGUCAAGGAUAUUUCAUAUAACCAUUACUCUUUUGCUAACAGACAACACGACCUAAGGAAUGGAUAUGAAAGUGCAAAAUGAUGUACUGAAAUAUGGUAAAAUGUUUUUCUUUUCUUUUUGUUAACCAUCAGUCGAUGUACAGUCUUGUGCAACUUAGGCGUUUCUUAAUUAAGGGGAAGUGUAAGGGGACGAAUGUCUCACCACUCGCUCACGUUAGAUUGUCUCUAAAGAAUAGGAAUGUGGAAAUUUAGAAAUUUAUACAA